CUAAAUUGUUUCACGUCACCGACGGUACAGAGUCAUUGAUGGGUCUCAGGGCCGCUGUCACCCUGCUGUGCCUUCUCGCAUGUACCGGGAACUGUAUUCACCGAUGCAAGGACACAUGCUUGAGAGAGAUCAUCUACAUUUUGAACCAGGUCACAAAAGAAGGGACGCCAUGCACAGAGAUGUUUGUACCAGACGUCCUGACAGCAACGAAGAAUACCACGGAGAACGAGCUCAUCUGCAGGGCUUCCAGGGUGCUUCGCAGAUUUUAUCCCCCACAUGAGAUAUCUCUGUGCUUGAAGAACAGCUCUAGUGUUUUCAACGAACUGAAGAAACUCUUUAAGGCCAUCAGUGGCCUGAGUCCACUGAAAAGCUGCACCGUGAAUGAGUCCAAGCACACAACACUGAAAGACUUCCUGGAAAGACUAAAAAGCAUCAUGCGAGAGAAAUACAUGCAGUCCUGAACCUCCAUGCCUUAACUUAUGAGUUUUAAUUUUUAAUAUUUAUAUAUAUUUAUAACUCAUAAAAUAAAAUAUUUGUAUAAUGUAACAGAAAUGAUAACUACUGACACUUCAUUUGGCAAUGAGGUCAUAGUUUAUACUGUCAGA